UUCACUUGUUUUUUUUUCACUCACUUUCGCCGUUUCAGGAUACCUGUAACAGUUAAGGAGGUUUUCUCGACGGUAAAACGCAAAAUAUAACCAAGGAAAUGUAACUUUUUUUUAAUUCCUUGCACUGCUCAAGUGUCAGUUAUCAGGUACCAGAAGAAGUGUGAAGGUGGAUGUAACGUUUUAAGGAAAAAGAAGAAAAAAAAAAGAUUUUUCCCAACACAGAAUUCGUGACGCUAAACUUAACAAAAUGUCGCCGCAAUUACAGUUUUCUGGCCUUAUUUGGUGCGUAACAGGUAUUUUGGCUUCCUACGCCCUAGAAUGUGGCCGACCAACUAUCGCGGAGAACAGGAUUGUGGGAGGAAAGGACGCCACAUAUGGGGCUUGGCCGUGGCAGGUGGAUAUCCAGACAACAAAUACUGGUCAUACCUGUGGAGGCUCCAUCAUCUCAGAGAAGUGGGUCCUAUCAGCUGCUCAUUGUUUCCCCAAUCCGUCCAACCUGGGCCUUUACAUCAUCUACGCUGGCCGAUACCAGCUGAAUGGCUACAACCAGCACCAGUCAGCGCAUGGUGUGAACCGGUUGGUGAUCCCAUCUGGUUACUCUGAACCUCACUACGGGAAGGAUUUGGCGUUGGUGGAGCUGUCCACCCCGGUCGCCUGGACAGAUUAUGUCCGUCCUGUCUGCUUGCCGGCCUCUGGCACCUUGUUCCCAGGUGGCAUGUCUUGCUACGUCACCGGCUGGGGGAACAUCCGGAAUGAUGUCCCUCUGCCAGGAGUCGCAACUCUGCAGGAAGUGGAGGUGCCAAUCAUUUCUCAAAGUUCAUGUCAGGAGAUGUACCGGACGGACCCGAAGGAGCAGGUGGACAUCCUGUAUGACAUGAUCUGUGCUGGAUACCAGGCGGGCGGCAAGGACUCCUGCCAGGGUGAUUCAGGAGGGCCUCUUGUGUGCCAAAUGGUAAAUGGGACCUGGGUGCAGGCUGGCGUGGUGAGUUUCGGACUGGGCUGUGCUCAGGCGAACCAGCCAGGCGUGUAUACCAGACUGACCUCCUACUCGAGCUUCAUCAACAGCGAGCUGCCAGAGAUCCGGCUGUAUGGCCGAGCUAACCAGAACUGGUGUGGGAUGACGGCCCUUUCGGUCAGCUGUCUGUCCACUCUGCUGAUCCUGAGGUAGAACACUUCCAAAACAGGAUUUGUGCGAGGGAAAACAUAAAACAGGCCAAAUGAAGGAGGAAAUCAAUUAUGUCUGACCAAUGUCCGAUGUCCAAUGUUAUGCUGAAUAGUCAAACUAAAAAACAGGUCCUGGCGUUCAUGUGGAGCCAUACUGAACAUGAAAUGUAAAAUAAUCUUGGAACUAUGACUCUGCAUUGUGAUUUUUGAGUAAAAGUAGUUUUGAUAGGUUUGCAUUUUAAAUCAGAAUUAUGAGCUGAAUUAAUUGUGUUCUGUAUUUGCAAUAAAUUGUUAAUUUCAUUCUAAAAA